UUGUCCCUCCCAGAAGGUAGACUCCCUUAGCACAAACUGUAACUUGUUCAGAAAUAAAAAUUAACAAGUGCAACGUCUUAAGGUGUUCAGUGCCUGAAUGUGGAAUUAACAGCAAGCUUUACAGCGAGCCAGCAUGAAAUUAUUUCAAAUACUUUUUCUGCUCUUCCUCUUCUUCACCUUAGCUGGUAUUGAUGAUGUCAGUUGGCAGUAACCCAUUGCUGACAAGUCACCAGACUUUUGCUUCAGAGGAAUGGCAUGGGACUAGCAGCAGUGAUUUGACCAUACAAAAUGUGUUUUGUAUUUUAACACAGCAUACCAUGAAGCUGCAUUCAACACUAUUGCACCUACAAUCACUGAAAGGAUAUUUAAAACAACAAAUCCAUGAGGGCUAUGUAUAUAUGUGGAGUCAGGUACUUCUGGGGUGAGAGGUGAAACAUGUGGAUAUAAUGAUGUAAUGGAUUACCUGAGUAUUAGUGAUUCCAAUUCAAGUUUAAUUAAUGUCCGACCAGUAAAGGACUGGAGAGAGACUACAGUCGUAUACCUUGAUGUUGUAUUAAACACCAUAAUAGAGAUGGACACAUCCCAAAUCAUGACUUCCUUGCUGUCAUUUAAAAUGACAUGGAAGAACCAGUUUCUGCAGUGGAACCCAAGUGACUUUUGUGGCAUUUCAAAAAUUCUGGUACCUGUGAGUCUUCUUUGGCAACCUGACAUUUAUGUAUUUGAAGUUACACAACAGGACGAAUCACCUGCAGUGCCAUACUUGACCGUAUACAGUGAUGGAACUGUUGAACAAACAAAGCCUCUUCGAGUGGUCAGUGCCUGUAGUCUUAACAUCUUCAAAUUUCCAUUUGACUCACAGAUAUGUAAUUUGACAUUUGGAACUUACACAAAUUCAGUUGACGACAUCAUCUUGAUACCAGAGAGCAAUUCCUCCAGCGUAACAGAAACAUCAAAUGCAGUCUUUAUUAACAAAGGGGACUGGGUACUCACUGGAAUUAAUGUUUCAGGCCACAAUGUUUCUUUUAAUAGUUUAAACAUAAGUCAAAUACAAUAUAGGAUUAGCAUUCGGAGGAUCCCAAUAAAUCACCUUAUCAACCUUAUAGUACCAGCAUGCUUUCUUGUGCUUGUGGACAUUGCCAGUAUGUUUAUUCCCAUGGAUGGAGGUGAAAGGCUUGGAUUUAAGAUUACAGUAGUGCUUGGAUUCUCUGUGCUUCUCCUAAUUCUGAAUGAUUUACUCCCCGCAUCGGCUGAUCCUCCAAUAUUAGGUGUCUUCUGUUCCGUCUGCCUCUGUAUCAUGAUAAUCAGCAUAAUUGAUUCGAUAUUUAUUUGCUACAUGCUUCACUUAUCUGCAGUCCGUCCAGAAGCUCCAAAAUGGAUGAAAGUAUGGAUUCUGAAGCACCUUGCAUUUGUACUGAGGGUCGAUACCAAAUUGAAAGAUGAGGAUAUUGUUCAUACACCUCCAGAAAGCAGCAAAACAAGUAUUGUUUCUGUUCCAUUAGAAAACGAGCUGAGCAUUGAAACUAAGAAGUACAUACAAAAGAAUGACAAAGACAGUGCAGAAGUUAAACUACUGAAAAAGUUACUUGUAGAAAUCCUGUUCAUCAGGCGUGAAAUGAUUCUGACUCGAAGGGAAGGAGAUGCAAAAACUGAAUGGAAUUUAAUUGCUUUUGUACUUGACAGGUUAAUCCUCAUAACCUACCUUGUGACUCUGGUGAUUAUGCUUAUUGUUGUCCUGUUUGUAUGGAUAGCAUGAAGUGAAAAAAAAGCAUAGUCUUUAUUUCAUCCAAACUCACAGCACUACAUUUGGUUGUAUAAGGACAAAUACCUGUCAUGCUUGCUAUGUAAAGUGGUUAUAGGUUUUACUCAGCAAUUGUAUUAGUUAAUGAAAACAAGGCAGAAUGUUACUGGUUUUUAUUACAACAUAAUAGGAAAGCUACAACUGAAAAACGAAGAUGUGCACAAGCUGAACUACAUCUAUUCAUACAAACUUUGCAAUGGUGACUUUUAACCAUGACAAUAUUACUGUUACAUGAUAAAUUGUUGUAACAUGCCAGAAAUACUUUCCUGUAAAGUAAUGUGUAUAAUAUAACUAUGUCUAACAUGACUGUAGUUAUGAUGCAGGAGAUGUAUUCUUAAUUUUAAAUGUGUGCUCUUUAAAUGGGUGAAAUAGGCAAGACAGACAAACAGACAUGCAGACAAAGGUCUGUCUUUAAAGAGAAAUUUAUUAGAUGGUUGUACCACAUUAGAUUUGAGGAGCUUAAACAGAUUGUACAGUAUUUCUGGUAUAGCCAGUGUCUCCUAGCAUUGCUUCCAAGCAUCGUAUCACUUAGCUUUCCUUCAGUUCCACAGAUCAGUUGUUGUUGCUUUCUUGGAUUGCAUUAAAUGUGUUUGUGUGUAACAGCAAACAAGCAUAGCUUCUCCUUUACUUUCACUGCAGUGUUUUGUGUGAAGAUGUUGAAACAAAGUCAUGUAACAGACCACUAACCCAACAAAACAAUAAAUAAAUGCAUAUAGUGUAAAUACA